UUAAAAAAAAAAAAAAAAAAACUUUUUUUCAGCAGACAAAAGUUGAGUUGCGCUACGCACAGAAAGCAAAACUCAAAGACUUAAACAAACAAUCAGCUGUAGUUUAGUUAUUAAAUUUAAUAAUUAAAAUUAUAGUUUAAAUUAUUUUCAAAGUUAAAUUUGUUUUUGGUAUUAUUUUCCUUUUAUCUUUGAGUAUGCCGAGGCAUUACGUGAUUUAAUGUUGGGAAAAUAAUGGAUUUUAUGAUGUAUGGCUAAUAUGUUACAAAUGUGAUUCAGCUCCUAAAGUUUCUUUAAAAAUUAAUAUGUCAGAAACAACGGAAAACAAUCGGGUAAUGGAUAAUACAUCCAUUCCUUCCACAUCUGUUUUCAGAGAAAAAAAUGUUCUUGAACUGCCAACAAACGAAAAUAAAUCCAAUUGGAUUGAUAAUAAAGAAUCCAUGGAACUCAGAACCAAUGCCAGUACUGAUGAUUUGCUUUUUCUUGAAAGUGGAAAUCAAACUCCAGAGCAAGUUCACACUAAUUUAAAUGCUGCAAACUCACCUCCGUUAGAUAAUACCGAGCAGGUUUCAGAAGCAGUUACUCCUUCUGUAACUCCUAGUAGUUCUGUAAGAAGAAAAUCUCGCAAUAAUGCUUUGCGGUUAAACCUAGAUUCAAAUACGUGGUCAAAGCCAGAAGGCCCAGCAAAGCCCGCUGCAACUGCAAAAUUUCGACAAAAUUUGCAAGCUGGGGCUGCUAAAGUAUCUGCAGUGGUGCAAAAAGGUAAAACUCCAGAAUUUCGAUUUCGAUUUAUACUGGUUGUUCUGUUUGGCAGCAUUAUCGGUUUAGUUACCUUCACUUGGUACCUAUAUCAGCAUCAAAUGAUGCAAUUAGCUUUUGGUGAUAAAAUAAGAUUUCAUGAAACUCAGCGACUCUUUCAUCUUUUAAAGGCAGAUGGACAAAUAAUUCUUGCUGUAGAUGUUGGGAUGCAAAUUCCAUCUGAACUGAAAUCAUUUGACUGUAAAUUACUUUACCCCAUUAAGGGACCAAAUAUAUGCCAAGAAUGGAAAUACAGGGCUCGAUUGCAUAUCAAUUACAGCCAUUCCGAAUUAAUGAGCUGUUAUACAGUUCAUUGGGAAAGUCUUGCGACCAACACGCCUUUACGUGACUGCAUUAGUUUAGCAGGAGCUCACUGGUAUGGAAUGGGAGAAGUAAAGAAUAUUUCUUGGCCUCUAUCUGGAAUAUCAGAAAAACCUCAACCAUUUGUUACGGGUGAUUUAGAACGAGAUGAUUACGGUGCUAUCUUGGAAAGGUACUGGUUGUCAUCUGAAGGUGUUGCUCUUAAAGUUGGAGCAGACAUUCCUCUGUAUGUGAGCUUAAAUAGCAGUAUGAAGAACACUUUAUGCUUGGAAGCUAAGUAUGACAGUUUCCCUUAUUAUAAUGAUAAAUCAGAUAACUUGCAUUUAGAUUAUACUAUUUGUACUGGAACUGACAUGAAGCAGGUGCAUAAAGGAAUGUGGGAUCGAGACUUCAGGCGAGGUAACGUGACAAUGGAGUUUUUGGAAGUUCCUAUAUGGGCAACUGCACCCAAACUUGAGUAUUCUUUGACGCAAGAAUCUCUGCAGACUUACUCAAAUCAUAUAAUGGAUCAUGGCUUUCCUGCUGGGUUUCUGCUUAUUGAUACAAAAUGGCAAAAAGUGGAAGGAGAUCUUAGUUUCAAUCCGAUGUUAUUCCCAAAUCCAACGGAGAUCUUAAAUAUAUUGCACAAUAAGGGCUUUAAAGUGCUCUUAGCUGUUCAUCCAUAUGUUUGCCUAGGUGCAGAUGUAUUUAGAAAUGCUACUGAUGACCAUUAUUUUGUCUCUGAUGAAAAGCGGCAAGUACCACUUCUCACUAGGUGGAAAAACGAGGUUUGUGCAAUAGUUGACGUGACGCGAAACACAUCUGAACAAUGGUUUUACGAUCGCAUUGUCGAUGUUAAAACGACUCAUGGUAUAGAUGGUUUUUUGUUUACCGGUGGGCAGUCAUCAUUUCUUCCCCCCUACUAUUACUUUUACACAAUGUCUGUUAAUCCUGAUAAUUUUUUAUCACUUUACCUUCGCUUAGCUUCAAAGACAAGUGACUACCUUGGUGUGUCUGUUGGGUUUCAUUCUCAACAUAUUUCUGCCUUUGUUCGAUUAGCACCUCGUACCUCUACAUGGGAUGCUAACACUGGUUUAAAAUCCAUAAUACCAGCUGUGUUAACGCUAGGAUUGCUAGGGUAUCCUUUGGUUAAUCCCGGUUCUGUUGGUGGAGAUGUUUUUGUACCAUCAAACACUACAAUGCCGGAUAAAGAGCUUUAUAUAAGGUGGCUACAAUUGGCUGCAUUUAUGCCUGUAGUUCAAUUGUCUAUUCCUCCAGGAGAUUAUGAUUUAGAUGUCAUUAAAGCUGCUAAGUUUAUGUUUAAAGUUCGAUCAGAACGAAUUCUGCAGUCAAAGCAACCCAAUGAAUACAUUAAGCGAGUUAUAAAUGAGUACCAUGAAUCUGGUGCCCCUAUUGUUAGACCGUUAUGGUGGCUUGCUCCAAAAGAUGUAAAUGCUCAAAUAAUUGACUCACAAUUUGCUGUUGGUAAUGAUUUAAUAGUUGCACCAGUUCUUGAGGAAGGAAAAAGAGCCAGAGAUGUUUAUUUACCACCUGGCAGGUGGAGAGAUGAAUUAUUCGGCACAAGUAGACUUGGUGGUAAAUGGAUUUACAAUUAUUCAGUUCCUUUGGAUAAAGUGGCUUAUUUCGUAAAAAUUGAAGACUGAGUGUUCCAAGUUUUCAUAGCCUUAUAAACAAACUUAUUUGAAAGAGAGACAAUAUAAUUGUUGGAUUUUAAAACUUCUAAAAAGGAAUGUUUCUCAAUAUUUUAUGUGUGAUGGUUAGCAUUUAUAACAAAUAUUUAGGAUAAAAAUAUUGACUAUAUGUUAUAACUGGUGAUAUGUUAAUUGUUUUAAAGAUUUUAUGAUAAUGUGAAAGUUGUAUUGUUAAAGUAUUGUUUUUAUAGCAUAAGUCUUCCUUGUAAAGGCCUUACUAACAUUUAUAUUUCGAUGUAAAUUUGAAUGGAACUUGAUAAAUAUAUUUUUUAUUUUCGAA